AUGUCCACUUUCACACCCAUUAAUAUGGAUACCAGAACCAACGAGGAAAUGGACAUCGACACUGGGGUCGCGCCGGCAGACUUGGUUUGUGUCCAAGUCCCUCAAACUCCCCGUAAGCGCGGCCGCAAGAGGGCGUCCGAGACUGCUCCGGACAGUCCUACGCCUGUCAAGAAGGCCAAGGCUACUCCGGAAAAGAGGACGAUUCCUACUUCCUACGAAGAAGCCGGACGCGAGGACAGGCUUCUCCUUCAGAUGAAGGACAAAGAAAAUAAAACCUGGUCCGAGAUCAGAGAGGCUUGGUUUGGGUUGACUGGUGUCCAAGUCGGUGGUAGUACUCUGUCAAUUCGCUACGCUCGUCUUAAGGCCAACUUUGUCACUUUCACUCCCAACGAUUGUGCGAAACUCUUCGAGGCCAAGAAAGAGGUUGACGACAAGCUCGAGCAAGAAAGAUGGCGUAUGAUCGCUGAAGGUCUCGAGACCAAGACCGGAAAGAAGUUUCCUGUCGGAGCGGUGCAGAAGAAGUUUAAGGAGCUGGUCAAGAAAGGCAACUCUGCUAUCGUUGCUAAGGAAGAAGACGAUGAGGCAUAA